AUGGAGCAAAGCCCCUCUCUCACCCUGCUGCUGCUGCUGCUGCUGGGCCUCUCUCAGGCCAACCAUCUCAUGGAGGAUGGAAGUGGACCAGAGAUCCUAACAGACAACCCUGAGGCUGUAGACAUCACUGAGAGAAUUCUGACCACUAAUAACGGCUCCAGUCAGUUCCUGUUGGAGGGGGACAUGGUGGCACCAACAACCAGAAACGCCAUGAUUUGCUAUAGUGCAGGGUGCUUCUGGCAAAAAGGCUCCAACGGACUGGUUGAAGUGCCCUACACAGUGAGCAGUAGCUUCAGUUCCUCUGACAAGCAGGGCAUUGAAAACGCCCUCCGGGCCUUCCCUUCCAAGACCUGCAUUCGCUUCGUGCCUCGGCAGAAUCAGGUUGACUUCAUCAGCUACGAGCCCAGAGACGGGUGCUGGUCCUCUCUUGGGAGAGUGGGAGGCCAACAGACGGUCUCUCUCCAAAUGAACAGGUGUGUUUACUUCGGCAUCAUUCAGCACGAGACUCUCCACGCUCUGGGCUUCCAACACGAACAAACCAGGAGCGACCGUGACGAGUACGUCACCAUCAACUGGAGUAACAUCGACUCUAACAUGGCCUUUAACUUUGAUAGAUCAAACACCAACAACCUGAACACUCCCUAUGACUACAGCUCUGUCAUGCACUAUGGAAAAACUGCCUUCUCUGUCAACGGGAUGGACACCAUCACCCCCAUCCCCAACCCCAACGUGCCCAUCGGCCAGAGACAGGGGUUGUCCACCACGGACAUCCUGAGGAUCAACAGACUCUACGGCUGCUGAGAGGAAGACAUCAGGUCACAGGAGAAAAGUCUGGAAAAGACCAGAUG